GAGCAAACCGUACUCUUCGGUUCGAUUUGUGGGCGAGGGGCGUGCUCUUCAUUGAGUACCCGCUCUCGGAGCAGUUCUCUUCGCAGUCGGUGGCAGCACCAAACAUAACGGUUCUCAAGUCAAUUUUUGUGUCUCGUCCGCGUCGCGUCGGUGUUUUUUCGCGUUCCGCAUUUGUUGUUAAAUUGCAGUGUUUUCCUAUUGUUUAAACCGAAAUCGCACUGCACCUGCACUCCGCAACAUGUUUUUUUAUGUUUUUAGUUAGUGUGUGUGUGUUUGUGUGCGAUUAAGCUGAAAGAAAAACGAGUGCCUGGCCGAAACAAACAGCAAAGAAGCAACAACCACAAGUGCAAUACCAACAACAAAGUGGCGACAGCUGUUUCUUAAGAUUUUUUUGGCGAAAAAUGCAAAAUACAGCCGCAAGACAAUAAAAAAAAGUAAACGCUAAAGACAAAAACACAAUUUACACAGCAGCGUUUACCGUUUUUUUUUUUGUCGCAACAACAGCAGAAACAAAAGUGAGGCAGGCACAAAACAAGUGAAAGACGAAGAAGAAGUGUGCGCAAGUUUUUUCUCACGUGUUUGGCCGAGACGUCGACUGAGGCAGCGGCAGCGAAUGCAGAAAGAGGAGCAGGAGAAUAGGGAAAUUCCCAUGCGGCCGUUUAUUCCACAUUCGCGAUGAUGAUGGAAAUGCCAGAGAAGAAGAGCGAGACGACGACGAUGAUGAUGAUGAUGAUGAAGCUGUCGAAACGAGAGAGUAAAAUUACAGCAGCAGCCAACAGCUGUUAGAACCAGAGAGCGAGACAGAAAGCUGCCGCCGCGUCAAUGUCUGACGAAGUGCCUUUGGGUCGCCUAUCGCAAAUCUUCGAUACGCUCACCAACCUCCAGCAGCAGCAGCAGCAGCAGCAACUGCAUCCCCAUCCGCAUCCUCACCAGCAGCAACAGCAUCAGCUUCAUCCUGUUCAGUUGCCGGCGGAUCAACGCCGCAGAUCCGCCUCCUCAUCACCUUCACCCUCGGCCAGUGCCUCAGCCUCAACUUCAGGGCGGGCCACGCCUUCUCUGGGCGUGGCCAGCCCGCUAAAUACCUUGCAAUAUUAUAGUCAUGCCAACAAUUAUUUUCUGCGGCCACAGGAUAGUGGCGUUGGCAGUGGCUACCUACACACGUUUCCCUCACACCUGUACCAUCAUCACCAGCAGCAGCAGCAGCAGCAUCAUCAUCAGCUGCAUCACCUGCAGCAGCACAGCCAGCCGCCAUCGUUGCCCACACAACGGAGUGGCUGCCUCUCUGGAUCACAGUCGCUGCAAGGCUCCCCACUGCUGGCCAAGCGAGCCACCUCCUUUAGUGGACAGAUGCCCUUGGGUCAGGUGAGAGCUGCUGGCACGGCAGGAGCUGCUGCCUCCACACCGAACAGCCCAAGGCUGAUGCCUCGACGUGUGCCACGACCGCCGCCCAUACCAGCCAAGCCGGGUCAGGUGAAAGUCGUUGAGAGCAGCAGGGAUCCUCCUCCAGCCAGGGAUCAGGCUCAAAAUCAAAUGCAGGCUAGUGUAAAUCCCAUGCUGGCAGCCUUGGAUGCGCCAGAUGCGCCCUGGCCGCAUUUUUCCACACUCACCGAACACCUAGAUGUACAUCAGGUUAAUAACUAUGGACAGGCAUUGCCUGAGAUUAAUUGGCAGGAGCGUUGCCUGGAGUUGCAAUUGGAGCUGCAUCGGUCCAAGAACCAGGCGGGUCGUAUACGUGAUAUGCUGCGUGAAAAGCUAACGGAGUUGGAGCAGCGCGUCAUCGAAGCGGAAGAGCGCGCCGAGGAAGCCGAAGAUAAGGUGCGUGCCAUGGAGCAGCGGCUGAGUGAGUGGCCCAAGCCGCCGCCCCAACAGCAGUCGUCCCAGCAUUCGCAUCAGCAUUCGCACCAGCAUCAGCAUCCCCACCAGUCGGUGGGGCAAGAGCAGCAGCAGCAGCAGCAUCAAACCAGAAGCAAUAGUUCUCCAAGUCACCAGAUCGGAGGAGGAGGAGGAGGAGCCACAGCUAGCACCGGUUCAGCAGGCACUGGUUCUGGGACACCGGCGGGAGCACCGCCGCCCCCCACACAGGAGGCUGAGAAGACCAUCACCUCGUUGGAGAUCCAGGUCGAGGAACAGCGACAGCUGCGACUACACGACGCCCGCCAGAUCGAGGCCAAGGCAGCCAAGAUCAAGGAGUGGGUGAACAACAAGCUACGCGAUCUCGAGGAGCAGAAUCAGUUGCUGCGCGAGCAGAACAUCAAGUGCAACCAGCAGUUGGAGCUGCUCAAGAACCACAUAGCCAACCAGUCGCAGCGGCACAGCAUCGUUGGUCCUGUGAGGAAUAGCCUUAGCUUGGACGUCCAGGACUUUGCCGGCUCUGGGUCAAAUCCUGAGCAUCGAAGGCGUAGCGAAAGCCUAGAUCCGCAGGAGAUUAUCGGGCGACCGCUGACCAGUUCAUAUCCCCAUCACCAGCACAGGCGUAAUCUAUCGAUGGAGCCGCAGGAGCUAGAAAGGAAUCUGGUGGCUGCCGUGGAUGGCCUGACCCUGGCCCCGCUCUCGAGCAUCUCCAGCAAGGCACCCAGCGGUAUAGGAGGAGGUGUCUCUGCCGUAAACAGGCCCGAUAGCUCGGAUACGGAUACGGCCCAUGAUUAUGCGGAGAUCUACACGCCAUCCUGUGAAAAGCUGCCCGCCUGGAUGAAGAACAAUCCGGCCCUGAUGGCCAGUGGUGGGAAUUCGAGCACCACCACAACUACGACCAGCGAACUGGGUGUGCCACGACCCCCGACACCGCCCCUGCACCGCUUCCCCAGCUGGGAGGCCAAGAUCUACCAGGUGGCCAACGAUGGCUUGGCCGGAACGGGAGCAGGAACUACGACCUCGGAGAGCACGGCCAGUCAGGAGCCAGAUAUCCAAGAGGGAACUGGAAACACUGGCACCGGCAGCAAUCUCUCCAAUGGUAGGCGGCACAACCACAGUCAUGGAUCCGCCACUGGAGACACUGGACACGGUACCCUGGGCAGCAGCACACCGGGCACCCCGCUGCCACCGUCGAGGCAGCAACAAACCGCCAGCGGCGGCUUCUGUGAUAUAUCCGUGCCCGUCUAUGCGACGGUCAAGGGUCGUGCCUCCCAGAUCCGUUCGAUGCCCUUUACGGGUGACUCGAGCGAUGACUCUAGCGAUGGGGAGGAUCAUGCCGUGAUGCUUACCCACCACUCGCACAACUCUUCGAGCACGGACAACACGGAGACAUCGACCUCUGGCAGUGCAUCGAGUCCCUCGAAGAGCCUGAAGACCUCAUCCAGCCUGAGUCCAGCAAAGCGAAGUGGUUCGGAGAGUCCCAAGAAUGCCAAGGCGCGUGUCCACCAUCACCUCCAACCACGCACCUCCACCAACACCACUCAUUCCAACAACCACAUCAGCCAGCAUCACCACCACCAACACCACACUCUGCCCCACCAGAACCACUACAAUCACAGCCAACAGCAGCAGCAGCAGCACCACCACCACCACCAACAGCACCCUGGGAUAUCAACGCUGGCGUCAACUGGAUGUGGCCAGAAUACGCUGCCACGCCCCAGCCCUAGAACGCCCACGAGGCGCCCCAGUCCCAGUCCCAUUGCCCAUGCCAACCCCUCCCCACUCCAGCACAUGCGUGGCACAGUAAUUUCAGAUCUCUCCUUUGAAUCAGGCCUCUCGGAUGACUAUGCCCUGCCCCCCGAUGCCGUGUCGGAGUCCACAUGCAUGGACGCCUCGAUGCCAUCGCUGCUGAUGCGUCAGUCCUACGUGGACUCGCCGAGCAAGAAGAUUGAAUCGCUGGAGAAGAUGGGUCACCUGGCCAAACUCGGUGGCAAGCUCAAGACCUGGCGCAAGCGCUGGUUUGUCCUUAAGAACGGAUCUCUCAACUACUGGAAGAGCCAGCAUGACGUGCAAAGGAAGCCACAGGGUCAGAUCCAGUUGGACGAGGCCUGUCGCAUCAACAGGGCGGAAGGUGCCUCCACAUUCGAGAUAGAUACGGGCAAGAAGGUUUACUACCUCACCGCCGACUCGCAUGCCACCAUGGACGACUGGAUACGUGUGCUGCAGAAUGUGCAGCGGCGGAAUGCCACCAAGCUGCUGUUGAGUCGCGACGACCAGAAGCCCACCGUUCAGGGUUGGGUAACCAAGGUCAAGAACGGUCAUCCCAAGAAGUGUUGGUGUGUGCUGCUGGGCAAGAUGUUCCUGUACUUCAAGGCACCUGCCGAGACGAAUCCUUUGGGUCAGAUCAAUAUGCGCGAUGCCCGGGUGGAGGAGGUGGAGCAUGUCUCUGACUCGGAUUCUGAGGAGCGCGAGGAUGCUGCCCAGGAUCAGGCACGCCUCACGGUGGCCAUUUAUCCAGCUCACCAGGGACCUACCUACUUGAUCUUGUCCGGGAAGCCGGAGCGCGACAACUGGCUGUAUCACUUGACUGUGGUUUCUGGUGGCGGGCCCAGCGCUGGCACCCAGUACGAGCAGCUUGUCCAGAAGCUCAUGGAGACCGAUGGCGAUCCCAAUUGCGUUUUGUGGCGCCAUCCCAUUCUGCUGCACACCAAAGACACCAUCACAGCCCCGCUCUCGUCCAUGCACACGGAAACCAUGCAGCCGGAGGCCAUUAAGCUAUUCAAGAGCAUCCAGCUGUUCAUGUCGGUGGCUGUCAACCAGCCGGGCAUCGACUAUCACGUGGUGCUCGCCCAGAAUGCCCUGCAGCAUGCUUUGGAUAUGCCCGAGCUGCAGACGGAGAUGAUCUGCAUACUGAUCAAGCAGACCUCCCGGCACAUGGGCCAGAAGCUCAGUGUCGGCGUCCAGGUAAACAAGAAGCUGGGCAAGCAAACGCGCCAACUACUGUUGUGCGCCACCCAAAGCCUGUUCACCUGUGAUACCCAACAGGCUGGCCACGCCCAAGCCAACGGCAGUUCGCCCACCUCCAUACAGGCUCCAGCUGCUACGCCCAUCAUUGACUGCAAGAGCAACCCGCCCGCCUACAGCUUUGUCCAGGGCUGGCAGCUCCUGGCCCUGGCCGUCUCCCUCUUUGUUCCACGCUCGAGCCGCCUGCUGUGGUACCUCAAGCUCCAUUUGUCCCGGAAUGCUGAUACCAAGACGGAAACGGGCAAAUAUGCCGCCUACUGUGAGCGGGCGCUGGAGAGGACCCUGAAGAACGGUGGACGCGAGACGAAGCCCUCGAGGAUGGAGGUGUUGUCAAUUCUACUCAAGAAUCCCUAUCAUCAUUCGUUGCCGCAUGCGAUUCCAGUUCAUAUGAUGAACACCACUUAUCAGGUGGUCUCCUUCGACGGCUCCACCACCAUUGAGGAGUUCCAGGCCACCCUUGCCCACGAGCUGGGCACAAGGGACGCCACCAAUGGCUUCUGCCUGUUCAGCGACGAUUCCAUUGAGAAGGAUCUGGAGCACUAUCUGGAGCCGCUGGCCAAGCUGUGCGACGUGAUCAGCAAGUGGGAGACGGCGCUGCGCGAGAAGGGCUCCGGCAAGUUCGAGAAUUCGCGCGUGAUCCAGCUGAGCUACAAGAACCGGCUCUACUGGAAGCACACCAUCAAGUGCGAGACGGACAAGGAGCGGCUGCUGUUGUGCUACCAGACCAAUGCGCAGAUCGUACAGGGCCGCUUCCCCCUCUCCCGGGAACUGGCCUUGGAGCUGGCCUCGCUGAUGUCGCAGAUCGACAUGGGCGACUACUCCCUGGAGAAGUCACGGGACAUUGGCGUGGGCCUCAAGGGUCUGGAUAAAUUCUAUCCGUACCGCUACAGGGAUGCCCUGGGUGCCGAGCAGCUGAAGGAUGUCCAGGAGCUGCUCGUGUCCAAGUGGAUGCUGCUCAAGGGUCGUUCCACCUUGGACUGUGUGCGCAUUUAUCUCACCUGCUGCCGCAAGUGGCCGUAUUUCGGGGCCUGCCUGUUCCAGGCCAAGCCCAGGCAGAGCGAGGCCGCCACGGGAGCAGGAACCACCACAACCACACCAGUGGCUUGGCUGGCGGUAGCCGAGGAUGCUCUGAAUGUGCUUGAGCUGUCUACGAUGGCCCCGGUGGCCCGGUAUCCCUACAGUUCGGUGAUGACCUUUGGCGGCUGUCAGGAUGACUUCAUGCUGGUGGUCUCCCACGACGACGGCGGCGGUGGCGGUGGCUGUGAGCAGAAGCUUCUGUUUGCGAUGAGCAAGCCCAAGAUCUUGGAGAUCACCUUGCUGAUAGCGGACUACAUGAAUGCCCUGGGCCACACGGUGCCGGGAACGCCGCAAAUGAACUCCCUGACCCGAAAUGGUUCACAUCGCUCGCUGAGAACCUCCCAGCGGCCGACCACGGGUGGUGGUGGUGGUGGCGGUGGCUCAGCGGCGGCCACUGGGUUCUCCACAAAUGCCAACACCACGGCCCACAAUACGCUCAAUUCGCAUGCCACGCAUACGCUCAACUCGAAUCACUCGCACACCCUGAGCAGCUCCCAUCAUGCCGGCGGAGGCAGUCAGCCGGGGACCCUGAGCUCGGGUCACCACCAUCAGCAUCAUCAUCAUCAUCAGCAGCAGCAGCAGCAGCACCAUCAGCCGGAUAUACUCAAGAGCACGCCGGAUCAUCAGAGGAUUAAGUAGGGAGGAUCACACACACACACACACACUGUACAUAAAUCGAGGAUCAACGGAGGAGGAGGACAGACAUAUACGACUAAUAACGGAUACAUAUGCACCAUCCAACAGAUUUGGCAACAAAUAUACACCUAGAAAGAUAUAUAUAUAAAUGUAGGAAGGAUACAAAAGAGGAGAUUAGAAGAUGGUAAGAUGGAAGAUGGAAGAUUGAAGAUAGGAGAUGAAAGAUGGUAGAUGAAAGAUGCAAGGAUUACAGGAUAGCUGGUUAGAGUUAGGGUUAAGCGGCCUGGGAAGGACCUUCUUCUACCUGCGCACCAUCACUCACUACAGUUCUUUCCUAAGCUAAACUUAAAUAUGAAAUAUGAUGUGUGAUGUAUGAUGUAAGAUGUAUGAUGUAUGAUAUAUAGAUACAUUAUACAUUACACAUAACACAUAACAUGUAUUAAAUAUUUUUUUGAAUAGUCUCUAAGUACCCCGAAAUGUAUGAGGUAUUCAAAAACGAAAACGAGAAUUGUAAACUUAACUAGAAUCUCAACAUUUUACCUUGUUCUUGUCUUGUUUUUUUUUUUAUAUAUAUAUUUUUUUUUGUAUAAUCCAUGUAGAAACACAAUACUAUAUAGUAUAUAUAUGCGAGUGUUCUUGCUCUUCGAUAUGCUUUGUAAUGAAUCUCAAUUUGUAAGUGUCCCUCCAUGCGCAAUACUGCCUUUUGAAUUUUGUAGAUGUCGGAGCCAAGAACGAGAAGGAAGCUAAAGCCAAAUAACAAAACAAAUUAAAACAAAAAUUAAAAUCAAGCAAGGUAAUCUAUAAGCAUUAGCAGAAAAAACACACAUAUUUUGUAAAGGAUUUUUCAAAGCAGAAAAAGCAUCGCCAUUGACACCCCCCUUUUUCCUAUGGUUUUUUCCCGGCUUUCACUCAAAGCAGCAACUUAACUUAAUUAUUAACUUAAUUAUUUUAAAGCGUUUUUAGCCUGUUCUAAAUGUCAACCCACUCAACCACUCAGAGCUUCAGCAGAAAAGCAAAAGAAAAAAAGCCUAGGAAAUAGUCAACAAAUUGUAGCAAACGAAAUGAAAUUAUUUUCAACCCCUCAGAAGCAUAUUCAGACAUAUAUAUAUAUAUAGAAGAUAUAUAGAGAGCGUAUUCAUGUAUUCGGAUUCGAUAUUUAACAAAAUUAUACACGAAAGUGAAGGAUUAACGAUAUUAACAAGUGUAAAUGGUAACAGCGCAUUUUUUUCCUAAUUGUAACAAUUUGAUAUUACAAAUUUAUAUGCGCCGAGACGCAACGAACGACGAGAGCAACUCAUUGGGAAGAAUCGAAAAUCGUAUAUAGCAAGCUUGCAGCAAGAUGAUAUAUAUAUAUAUAUAUGAACUAUAUAUAGGCGAAUGUAUCACAACUCACACUCCAGUGAAACGAAAUAUAUAUAUACUAUAUAUAUAUAAAGGGAAAUUAACAAUUAAAAAACUAAAAAUCAAAGUGGUUGUGUUUUUAAUUGGAAAGAGAAGGUUUCAUGGGUGUACUCGUUACUCCUUUGAUAGAGUCUAAAACUGGUUUUUUAAUUUGGAAAGAAAAGUAGUAAGUACACUCGAUACCCGAGACUAUUGAUUGAAAUAAUUCGCUACUCGUUACUGCUUUAAUCGAGUUGAAAUAAUUGGCUACUCGUUACCAAAAACUCGUUAGAUUACUCAGUGUUUUUGUCUUUUUAUUAAACAAUGUAAAUUGAUUUAUUUGCCUUAAUUUUAUUCAUAUAAAUUGCCUAAAACUGUUAUCGUUUCUUUCCUUUUCUUUGCUAUGUUUUUUUUUUUUAAAUAUUUUUCUGUUUUUUAUCAAUCACCCAACGAACGAUUCGCUUUAUAGCGAUUCCAUCUACUAUCUA